CGCAGGAAAGAGCUUGCCGAUAUUUCAUCCAUCUCCCUCGUAAAUUCUCGAUAGGCCAAAAGAUUGACAACAAAAAGCAUUAUUUUGAGGAACAUUGUUGUUUCAAAUGAUUCUGUAUAAAUAAGUGUUGUGUCUUGGGAGCCUGUAUUAGUGAUUUACACCGUGGAGGAAAAAAUAUGAAGAGGCGGAAUGCCGAAAGUGGCAAAUUGCGGCGCCCUUUAAAGCGCACAAAAAUCACCGAAGGAAUGUACGGAAACUCGCUCCUGUAUCUGAAGUUCGUGAUGCUGUGGGCCACAGUGGUGCUGGCAGAUUACAUGCUGGAGUUCAGAUUCGAGUUCCUGUGGCCGUUCUGGAUGAUGCUCCGAUCUGUUUAUGACUCAUUCAAAUACCAGGGACUUGCAUUCUCAGUAUUCUUCAUCUGCAUAGCGCUCACGUCCGACAUGAUAUGUUUCUUCUUCAUACCGCUGCAGUAUAUAUUCUUCGCGGCCAGCACGUAUGUGUGGGUGCAAUAUGUAUGGUAUUCAUUUGCAGAAAAAGGCAUAUGCCUACCCACAGUAGUGGUGUGCUGCUUCCUAGUGUACGUAGAAGGAGCGCUCCGGUCAGAGCGGACAGUCAGCAUGGAGCUGACGCGGCCGCUCGCGGCGCACUGCGUGGGCUACCCCGCCGUCACGCUCGGAGCGGGCGUCAAGGCGCACAUAACGCGAAGGCUGCGGCUGCGGCGGCAGCGUCAAGUGCGGCAGGAGAACGAGUUCUACUUCCAGCUCAUGAGGGACGCGCUACCUGAGAGCGCGCUGGAGCAGAACCAACCGUCCAAAGACGGCGCGCCGGCGGAGUGUGCGGCGCAGGCGGCGUCAGCGCACGCGCCGGCGGCGACGGACGCGCGGCAUCUCAACGGCUCGCUCAAGAAGCGGCAGCCGAACGGCACCGCCGACCCCGCGCUACAUGCCAAGGUAGGAAGACGGCGCGCCGGCGGAGUGUGCGGCGCAGGCGGCGGCAGCGCACGCGCCGGCGGCGACGGACGCGCGGCAUCUCAACGGCUCGCUCAAGAAGCGGCAGCCGAACGGCACCGCCGACCCCGCGCUACAUGCCAAGGUAGGAAGGUAUUCCGUACACAGAACCAGCUGUUCAAAGACGGCGCGCCGGCGGAGUGUGCGGCGCAGGCGGCGGCAGCGCACGCGCCGGCGGCGACGGACGCGCGGCAUCUCAACGGCUCGCUCAAGAAGCGGCAGCCGAACGGCACCGCCGACCCCGCGCUACAUGCCAAGGUAGGAAGACGGCGCGCCGGCGGAGUGUGCGGCGCAGGCGGCGGCAGCGCACGCGCCGGCGGCGACGGACGCGCGGCAUCUCAACGGCUCGCUCAAGAAGCGGCAGCCGAACGGCACCGCCGACCCCGCGCUACAUGCCAAGGUAGGAAGGUAUUCCGUACACAGAACCAGCUGUUCAAAGACGGCGCGCCGGCGGAGUGUGCGGCGCAGGCGGCGGCAGCGCACGCGCCGGCGGCGACGGACGCGCGGCAUCUCAACGGCUCGCUCAAGAAGCGGCAGCCGAACGGCACCGCCGACCCCGCGCUACAUGCCAAGGUAGGAAGGUAUUCCGUACACAGAACCAGCUGUUCAAAGACGGCGCGCCGGUGCGGCGCAGGCGGCGGCAGCGCACGCGCCGGCGGCGACGGACGCGCGGCACCUCAACGGCUCGCUCAAGAAGCGGCAGCCGAACGGCACCGCCGACCCCGCGCUACAUGCCAAGGUAGGAAGGUAUUCCGUACACAGAACCAGCUGUUCAAAGACGGCGCGCCGGCGGAGUGUGCGGCGCAGGCGGCGGCAGCGCACGCGCCGGCGGCGACGGACGCGCGGCAUCUCAACGGCUCGCUCAAGAAGCGGCAGCCGAACGGCACCGCCGACCCCGCGCUACAUGCCAAGUUAGAUAAGCUAGAGAAGCCCGCGGCCAACGGGCGCGCGCACGCGCUCAGCAAUGGGCAGGCUGGCAUCGACGACGACCACAGUAAAGGUACACGAAAUUGUGGUACAAAACCGUCGAAGUGUGAAAAGAAAGAGGCCAGUACGUUAAAAGAAGAGAAGAAAAAGAGUAAAAAUAAGGAUAAGGAUAGCAGCGAUAGUCAUAAGAGUACAGAACAGAUAAAAGAACAAAUAGUUAAAGAAAAAGAAGUGGAAAGUACAAAAGAAACGAGAAGUAACAAGGAGUGCAAUAGCAGCAAGGAGAAAGAGAAGGCACUAGAAAAGGAGCGGGAGAGAGAAACGAGGGAGCGGGACAAGGAACGCGAGAGGGAGAGAGAGCGAGAACGCGAAUUGCGCGAAGCUCGCGAAUAUGCCGAAGAAAUAAAGCGACUGAAAGCCGAGCUGGCAACGUCGCGCAACAACGAGGCGGAAGCCCGGCGCGCGCUGGCAGCCGCCGCCGCCGCGGACCGGCAACGUCGCGCCGAACACGCGCAGCUCAAGCAACAGCAUCAAGCGUUGCAACAUAAAAUAGCGACGUGGCGCACGCACGAGCGUGCAACUCUAGAGCGGCGGCUCGGCGAGGAGCGGCGCGCGCGCACCGCCGCCGAGCACCAGCUGCAGCGCGCCAAGCGACAACCGCAACAAAUAGCCACGUGGCGCACGCACAAGCGUGCCACCCUGGAGCGGCGGCUCGGCGAGGAGCGGCGCGCGCGCACCGCCGCCGAGCACCAGCUGCAGCGCGCCAAGCGACAACCGCAACAAAUAGCCACGUGGCGCACGCACAAGCGUGCCACGCUGGAGCGGCGGCUCGGCGAGGAGCGGCGCGCGCGCACCGCCGCCGAGCACCAGCUGCAGCGCGCCAAGCGACAACCGCAACAAAUAGCCACGUGGCGCACGCACAAGCGUGCCACCCUGGAGCGGUGGCUCGGCGAGGAGCGGCGCGCGCGCACCGCCGCCGAGCACCAGCUGCAGCGCGCCAAGCGACAACCGCAACAAAUAGCCACGUGGCGCACGCACAAGCGUGCCACGCUGGAGCGGCGGCUCGGCGAGGAGCGGCGCGCGCGCACCGCCGCCGAGCACCAGCUGCAGCGCGCCAAGCGACAACCGCAACAAAUAGCCACGUGGCGCACGCACAAGCGUGCCACCCUGGAGCGGUGGCUCGGCGAGGAGCGGCGCGCGCGCACCGCCGCCGAGCACCAGCUGCAGCGCGCCAAGCGACAACCGCAACAAAUAGCCACGUGGCGCACGCACAAGCGUGCCACGCUGGAGCGGCGGCUCGGCGAGGAGCGGCGCGCGCGCACCGCCGCCGAGCACCAGCUGCAGCGCGCCAAGCGACAACCGCAACAAAUAGCCACGUGGCGCACGCACAAGCGUGCCACGCUGGAGCGGCGGCUCGGCGAGGAGCGGCGCGCGCGCACCGCCGCCGAGCACCAGCUGCAGCGCGCCAAGCGACAACCGCAACAAAUAGCCACGUGGCGCACGCACAAGCGUGCCACGCUGGAGCGGCGGCUCGGCGAGGAGCGGCGCGCGCGCACCGCCGCCGAGCACCAGCUGCAGCGCGCCAAGCGACAACCGCAACAAAUAGCCACGUGGCGCACGCACAAGCGUGCCACGCUGGAGCGGCGGCUCGGCGAGGAGCGGCGCGCGCGCACCGCCGCCGAGCACCAGCUGCAGCGCGCCAAGCGACAACCGCAACACAACAGUACAACCAACAACAACAAUCAGUCGGGCUGCGACAACGAGUGGUGCCGCGCGGCUAUUCGUUGCGGAGAGGCUGAAACCUCGGCGCUCCGCCGCGAGCUAGCGAGAGCGAGACAGCACGCCACGGACCAGGCGCGGGCCCUGGAGUCGUGCUCGCCGGCGCCGGCCUCCCCCUCCCCCUCCCCCGGUGCCGGCGCCGGCGAGGGCGGCGCGCGGCUGGCGGCGGCGUGCGCGGCGCUGUCCGAGCGCUCGGCGCACCUGCAGCGCGCGCUCAGCGCCGAGACCAGGGUCAAGCUGGACUUGCUGCAGGCGCUGGGCGACGCCAAGCGACACAUGCAUAUACAGGAGGGCUUAAUAUCCCGUCAAGAGAAAGAAAUCGAAGAGCUAAAAGCUCAAAUGCUAGCCGUGAUGCCGACGGAGUUCGUGCAGGCCGCGGGCGCCGGCGUCAGCAAGCUGCGCCUCACCGACGGCUCCCCGCUCGACCCUAACGCCUCCGUGUACACGCCCAAGCAGCUGUGCUCGGAUGCCUAAACUGGACUGGACUGGAGUUAAUGAGGUUUGGUAAUAAUUCUCAAUUGAAAUUGGACUUUA